AUGCUAAAGUCAGAAUUUCAGCACCAAUUCUGGGUGACAAAGAAAGCGGUACAAAGAAAAUUAGGAUCUAAGGAGGAUGAAAACAUUGUGGCUUCCGAUGGGGAGCUAGACUCGAAGAUAGAACUUUUCCGUUCGGUGGCAGAAAGUAGCAGCAAGCUGUACCGCAUCAUUGACCAGUAUCAGGAGCGGGUAUGCAUACUGGCCCAGGAGGAAAAUUCGCUCGGUAAAUUCUUGCGUGAGGUUAGCAAGGAAAGUCCCACCACCGGCAAGAUGAUGUCCACAACCGGGAAAGCGAUUUCGUACUGUGGCCAGCAACGUAUCUCGAUCCGUGUCCCGCUGUUGCGUUUGCACCAUGACGUACACACGUUUAAGGGGCGUGCAAUAGCGGACACACACCACACGAUACAGCAGAUGGAGAAGGAACGCACCGAAUAUCGAGCUGCGCUGAGUUGGAUGAAGUCGGUUAGCAUUCAGCUCGAUCCAGACACUGGUCGAGGGUUGGAAAAGUUCCGCAAGGCUCAGCGGCACGUUAAGUCGGCGAAAACCAAGUUUGACAAGUACACGCUAGACUGUUUAGAGAAGAUUGAUCUUUUGGCCGCGGCAAGAUGCAACAUGUUUUCACAUGCCCUCGUUGGAUAUCAGAAUGCCAUCCUGCAGUUCGCCAAAAAGACGGACGAAACGUACAAGAACACGCUCAAGAACUUAGCUAAAGAUCCACACUACAGUUUCUCGAUACUGAAGGAAUUGACGCAAGCAAACCCGAACGAGGAAGAACGAGAAGGGGUAGCACCGGGUGAGGCUGCUGAAUCCCAACACAACGACGUACCGGCCGACGACGAUCAGAUGCUUUUCUUUAAGGACGAUUACAAGGACGAUGUGGGGAAAAAGGGAGGGGAAAAGGAAAACGUCCUAAAAGAUGUAGCGUUGGAAAUUGAUGCCCUUCUGUCAGGCGUUCCGGACCUUAGUAUCGGUGCAUGCGAUACUGGACUUACGAGCAAAACACAGGACACUGCUGCUGCGGAUCUUCUCGGACUUAGCUUGGAUGAUGAGUUUUCCGACUUUAUGUCGGCACCGGCACCAUUUUUGCCUUCUGCGCUGCUAACGAACUGUAUCCUUACCGAUGAGGGUGGGUUUGAUUUUGCCGCCAGUCUGCCCGAUUUUGCAGACCCACUGCAACCGCUUCACGUGCACGAUGACCCCGAUACAAAUGGUGGAACGAAAUCGUCCGAAAAAGCUACCGACAUUUUUAGCAGCCUGUUACAAUCCUUCUCCAAGCAGGGUAAUUCCACCGGUGCUGGAACCGAUUCUACCGCAUCCGGUACAGCGAGCAAACAGAGCAAACUGGUCGCAAGCGGCAAAACAGCGGGCAAAGAUCUUAGCGGAUGGUAUCAACUGUUUGCCGAACUGGAUCCACUCUCCAAUCCGGACGCUAUCCCGUCGAAAACGGAUGCACCCAACAAUAGUAUGGCCGCUUGA